AUGCCAGAAGGGCCAUCAGUGAGGAAGUUUCACCAUUUGACCUCCCCCUUUGUGGGGCAGCAGGUGGUCAAGACAGGGGGCAGCAGUAAGAAGCUAAACCCUGCCAGCUUCCAGUCCCUGUGGCUCCAGGACACCCAGGUCCAUGGAAAGAAAUUAUUCCUUAGAUUUGAUCCAGAUGAAGAAACCAAGUCUCCCAGCAACAACCCACUGCCAGAACCUCUAGGAAAAGGAGAGAGGAAGAAAGAGGCUGGGGACCAAAAGCAGACCUUGGGUCCCGACAGCCGGAAGAUCUCAGACCAGUCUCCCCAGUCCGACAGUGGAGACAAUGGUUCUGAGUGUUUGGGGGGAGUCAGCCCAGCAGGAGGUGCUGAGAGGUGGCUGCAGGUCAGCUUUGGUCUGUUUGGCAGCAUUUGGGUGAAUGAAUUCUCCAGAGCAAAGAAAGCAAACAAGAGGGGUGACUGGAGGGACCCCAUUCCAAGGUUGGUCCUGCACUUUGGCGGUGGUGGCUUCCUGGCAUUUUAUAAUUGUCAGAUGUCAUGGAGCUCUUCCCCAGUGGUCCAGCCCACCUCUGACAUCUUAUCUGAAAAGUUCCAUCGAGGACAAGCCUUGGAAGCUCUGGGCCGGGAGCAGCCUGUCUGCUACACACUGUUGGACCAAAGAUGCUUCUCAGGCUUAGGGAACAUCAUUAAGAAUGAAGCCUUGUACAGAGCUGGGAUCCAUCCCCUUUCUCUCGGUUCACUCCUCAGUCCUCGGCAACUUGAGAUCCUCGUGGAUCACGUGGUGGAGUUCAGUACAGACUGGCUUCAGGACAAGUUCCAGGGCAGACAGAAUCACACACAGAUCUACCAGAAAGAGCAGUGCCCUGCUGGGCACCAGGUCAGGAAGGAGGCCUUUGGGCCUCCAGGUGGCUUCCAGAGGCUCACCUGGUGGUGCCCCCAGUGCCAGCCCAGGCUGCCACCUGACGAGCCAGAACAAGUCCAGCUUCCCUAGGGCCCUUGGGCCCCUUCACAGAACCUUGCCCAAGGAGCUUGAUGCUUGAGUGUAGAGAAAGGAGGUGUGGGCAGGGAUUGGGACUAGGAGCAGGAGUUAGAAGUGAGGGUGGUCAGGAGGGUAUCAGUCCUGUUGAUAUUCAUCUCACUGAAGUUGAGUUUUCACAGGGUUAGAUUAUUUUUUAAGUGUUUAAUUCUUCCUAAUUCUGCCAUUGUGAACGAUGAGAAAAGUUAUGUUGACAGUAUGGGAAAAGCCUCCCAGAACAAGUGGGUUAAUGAAAAUAUAAGUCUGUGGAAAAGA